AUGGCUGAGGUGUGGGAAGGAUGGUUCACCGUCGGCAUCGUGUUCGUGGCCUUCGGGUGCCUCCUGUGGGACGUCAUCCAACCCGACCACGUCAUGAUCGGCGCAGUCGCCGUGCUCAUGGCCGCCGGGGUGGUCAGCGUCGAGGAGGGACUCGCGGGAUUCGCGAACGAGGGGCUGCUCACCGUCGCUGUGCUCUUCGUCGUCGCCGCGGGCAUCAGCGCCACCGGCGGCCUCGAUUGGUACAUGUCCAAGCUCCUUGGGCACCCGACGACGAUCGCGGGCGCGCAGCUCCGCCUCAUGAUCCCCAUCGCCGUCGUCUCCGCGUUCCUCAACAACACCCCGGUGGUGGCGGUGAUGAUCCCCAUCGUCCAGCGGUGGGCGGAGAACAUUCACAUACCGAAGGAGCAGGUCAUGAUCCCGCUGUCGUUCGCGUCCAUCUUGGGCGGCACGUGCACGCUGAUCGGCACGUCGACCAACCUGGUGGUGCUGGGCAUGUUGAAGGACUGGCGGGGCUCGGACGGAUCGUCGGAGACGAAGCAGUCCAUGGGGCUCUUCGACCUCGGUCUCUUCGGCGUUCCCGUGGCGAUGACGGGCAUCACGUACAUGCUCAUCGCGUCCAGGGCGUUGCUUCCCGGGGGUAAGAAGAAGGGCGAGGCCGGCGCGGGCGGCGGCGGCGCGGGCGGCGGCGGCGGCGGCAAGUCGGAAGAUCUCAUCGUCGGCGCGCGGCUGCAGGCGUGGUCGGCGGCUGUCGGGAAGACUGUCGCCGGCUCCGGGCUUCGCGGCCUCCCGGGGUUGUACCUCGUGAGCGUCAAGCGCGAGGACACGCUGAUCCGCGCCGUGGGGCCAGAGUUUGUGCUGUCGCAGGGCGACGUGCUUUACUUCACCGGCAUGGUUGAGAGCAUCGGGAACGUCUGCGCAGAGUACGGCUUGCUCGCCGUCACCACCGAGCACGACAGCGACAGCGAGGUGGACAAGCUCAACGCCAACUCCCAGGAGCGCCGCUUGAUCCAGGCGGUGGUGGCCAAGACCGGACCGCUCGUGGGCAAGUCCAUCCGCGACAUCAAGUUUCGAUCGAGGUACAACGCGGUGGUCCUCGCGGUCCACAGGGAGGGCGUCCGGGUGCACGCAAGGAUCGGAGACGUCGUGCUCCACCCCGGCGACGUGUUGUUGCUCGACGCGGGUCCCGACUUUCACAGGGAGGCGGGUCACAGCGGAAGCGGUUUCGCGCUCGUGUCCGUCCUCGAGGACUCCGCGCCCCCGCGGUUACGACUUCUCGUCCCGGUCCUGGUCAUCGCCGUCGCCAUGAUCGUCUUUUACACCGCCGGCGUCACCGAGCUGAUCAUCGCGGCUAUAUUCGCCGCGGGGAUCAUGAUCGCGUGCGGAGCGCUGUCGGAGCAGGAGGCCAGGGACGCUAUCAAGUGGGACGUCAUCGUGACCAUCGCGGCGGCGUUCGGGAUGAGCAAGGCGCUGCAGAACUCGGGCGUCGCCGGCGCCGUCGCCGAAAAGCUGGUCCGACUCGCGGAGCUGUCCGGGACUUGCCGAGGAGGUUUGCUGGUGGCGGUGUACCUGGCGACUUUCGUGAUCAGCAACGUGGUGACAAACAACGCAGCCGCCGCGUUGAUGUUCCCGGUCGCGGCCGAGGCUGCGGAGCGCCAGGGGGAGAGCCUCGCGAGCAUGUCCUUCCUCGUCAUGCUCGCGGCGUCCGCGUCGUUCAUGUCGCCGUUCGGGUACCAGACCAACCUGAUGGUCUACGGCCCGGGCGGCUACGUCUUCAAGGACUUUUUGCGCUUUGGCGUGCCGAUGCAGGUGGUGCAGAUGGUGGUCAGCGUCGUGGUGAUCGUGCUGGGCGACAGGUUCUGGUACGUGAGCUGGGGCGCGACGGGACUGGGGUUCGCCGCGACGUGCGUGCUGAUGACGACGACGCCGGAGAACGCGCUCAACGACUUUGUCGGUUUCUUCCGGAGGCUGCUCGGAAAGACGACAGCCGAAAACGAGGGCGAAGAAGACGAGGACGAGGGUCGGCGGCGCCGCUCUCGUCGCGCUAGGCUCGACUGA